UGCCAGAGUAAACCCCAAAAAACAGAGUGUACUGAGUGAAAGCCUUACUCUAUUUUUUUUUUUACAUUUUUUUGUUUACAAACAGAGCAAUGUCGAGCUCAUCAAUUACCUUCUCCUCAUUUGCCGUUGUGGGUUUGAUCCUCCUCUUCGCCGCCGGACCCGCUUCCGCCCGGAUUCAAAUCCCGGCGAACGAAUCCGUGCCGGCGGCUUUAGUGUUCGGCGAUUCAAUCGUCGAUACGGGGAACAACAACAAGAUCCUUACUUCCCCUGCCAAGUUCCCUUUGGUCAUCAUAUUCCUUCUGAUCAUCUUAUACGCCGUACCUGCCAGUGCAGCCAUUCUUGCGCUGUACGUUCUCAUCACUGUUCUGUUUGCCUUAACGUCGUUUCUCAUACUCUAUUUUGCUUAUCCCAGUUUUGAUUGGCUUGUCAGAGAAAUCAUCACUUGAUAUCAUGGUAUUUGCCAGCUACUUCAUAAUUCGAUGACUUUACGAGGCUCAAAUGUGGAUCGCCAUUGUGUAUCUAUGUAGAUUAUAUAUGAGCUUUUGUAAUGAAUCUCUUCUGCUUGCUCCCCAUUGGUAUAGGGUGUAUGUUGGCAGCAGAGGUACUGGAGGCAGAAGCCAUCUUCUGCACUGUACUGGUUUCUGGUCAUUUAGAGAGAUCUCUUUAUGUAAGACAAGUUUGUGGUGAUAGUGGAUUAGGGAAAUUGGUUUCGCAUAUAUGUGUAAUUAAAUGCUACCAUGCUAGUGCAGUCAGCUUCAGAAUCAGUGGUUUCUCUGUUAUACUCAUCAUUGCUUGGCCUUCUUCCUUUUUCACCAUUGUAGUCUGACGCUGUCGAAUAGCCUACCGUUACGAUCCUGCCUUCGCCUCCUUCAACUUCAAGAAUGAAACCGUCGAAGCUGCGGGGAUGAUGAGCCCGACUUCCAUCCUAGACAGCAAGUCCUUCUCCACCCCCUCAAGUUACAUACUAAGAAUUUGAUUGAACAUGUUGGGUUUGAUAUCUCCUUCCUUGUUAUAUUUACCAUUAUUACUAACCUUUUUCUUACCAUUAUUUACUGGUUGGAGGAUAAUGUCCCUCUCGCCUUUCAUUGCAGACAAGAAAUCCCAUUGCAAUACAGGUGUAGAAUCCUUCCACAUCUUCAGUCUUCUAAUUUUAUAGCCCAUAUUAGUUUCAAUUGGGAUUUGAGCAAGGGGAGAAUCCAUAUUCGAAAAAAUAGUAGUCCCCUAAUGUCUCCAAAACAUACUCAGGAGAGCUUGGUCCAAUGACUGCCUCUAGUUGUGGAUCAUGAGAGUUAUCAGUAGCAAUCCCCUUUCAACAGGAGCAUCGGUUUUAAUGACAGAAUCCAUCUCCAACACAUUAGGAAUAUAUUCACCCAAAUCUACUUUGUCUAUCCUCUAGGUUUAUGAAUUUGUGGCCAAAAACACCGCAUGAUCGACACCUUUUAGGCAUACGACACUCAACCGUAAUCAGUAUCACCUCCUCGCUUCUCCCGCCGCCGUCGACGCUCCCAAGCAGAGCCAGUACUAGGAAAACCUCGAUUCCCCUAAAACCUCAAUUUGUGAAUAUAAUAAUUUUUUAUUU